UUUGAUUAUCGUAUUAUUCUGUUGUGACUGUUCUUUGUUAUGUAUGUUGUGUACGGUUUUCCAUUUUGCAUUAUUUCGUUGUUGUCUUUCAUUUCUGUAUUCCCUUUAGACGAAAUGCUUUUUUCUUUUUAAGCCGAGAGUCUAUCGAAAACCACCUCUCUAUCUCUACAAGCUCAGACCUCACUUAUGGGAUUACACUAGGUAUUUUGUUCUUGUUGUUGUUGGUUAACUUGGAUUUUUGUGAGUCUGGUUAAGUUUUUGGACUUACUAUGGUUGAGAAGGAGAUUUGAUUAUUUGCAUAUUCAGUUUUUAUCUACAACCUUACUUGUUUCAUUUGUUGAAGUUUCUUUUGAAGAACUUGUGUCUUUCCCCUUUUACCAAAUUACUGUAAGCCUUUGUUAUAGUUCAUUACUCACUUGAUGUGCUUUGAGAAAACGGAGGAAUUAUUUAUCAGGAUAGCUGCAUAUCAUGAAUUUCUUGUGAUCCAUUCUCUGAUAGACAAGCAAAGAAUUGCUGGUGAAAAAUAUCUGUUUUUUAUCCAGGAAAGAAAAGGAUAGGUUCAUUAACUGUUUGAAAUUUGUGAAUCAAUUCUUCCUUGGGAUGGUUGACAUUAUAGUUAGUAGCUGAAGAAUUGUUUGGAUUGAGAAGACAAGUGUUUAGUUGUUCUUUCAACUCCUAAUAGCUCUACGAUUCUGCAAUACUUCUACCAUUUACUCAUAUCGGUGAUGAAGGUGAACAAGGUAACUUGAUCUAUGGAAUUGAACAGCAACUGCAAUAUGGAACUGUUCCUCGCAAUUCUGAUAUUAGCAUGUCUCUACUCAUUUGUCUCACCUGAUCCUCAGGGAGAUGCGCUGUUUGCAUUGAGGAGUUCGCUAAAUGCUUCGAGUGAUCAACUUCCUGAUUGGAAUCAGAAUCAAGUUAAUCCAUGCACUUGGUCAAAAAUCACUUGUGACGAUAACAGCAAUGUCCUGAUGGUGUCGUUGUCAUAUAUGGGGUUCACUGGCACUUUAACUCCAAGAUUAGGUGUUCUAAAGCAUCUUAAUACUCUUUCUUUGCAAGGAAAUGGAAUAAUUGGUACAAUUCCUGAAGCACUAGGAAAUUUAACCGGCUUGACCAUGUUGGAUCUGGAAAAAAACCGUUUAUCUGGUGAAAUACCAGCUUCCCUAGGCAAUCUAGAAAAGCUUCAGUUUCUGUUUCUGAGUCAAAACAAUCUAACCGGGACUAUCCCCGAGUCACUUUCACGUCUUCCCAACUUGAUUAACCUUCAACUUGCUUUAAAUGAUCUUACUGGAAAAGUUCCCGACAGCUUGUUCCAUGUCCCGAAGUACAAUUUUUCAGACAACCAUUUGAAUUGUGGCGCAAACUUCAGUCAUCGUUGUGUAUCUGAAAGUGAAGGUUCUUCCAGUAAAUCAAAGACUGGUCUCGUAAUUGGUAUUGUUGGUGCAUUUCUUGGACUUAUCGUCCUUGGGGGACUAAUGCUAUUUUUCUGGCGGGGGAGGAACAAAGGCUACAAGCGUGAAGUCUUUGUUGAUGUUGCAGGUGAGGUUGACAGACGAAUUCCAUUUGGUCAAUUGAGGAGAUUUGCAUGGAGGGAAUUGCAAAUUGCUACUGAUAACUUCAGUGAAAAGAAUGUUCUUGGACAGGGAGGUUUUGGCAAGGUUUAUAAAGGAGUGCUCAAUGACAGCACUAAAGUUGCUGUAAAACGCUUAACUGACUAUGAGAGUCCCGGGGGAGAUGCUGCAUUUCAGCGUGAAGUUGAGAUGAUUAGUGUUGCUGUUCAUAGAAAUCUUUUGAGGCUUAUAGGAUUUUGCACCACACCAACUGAACGCUUGCUAGUGUACCCGUAUAUGCAGAACCUAAGUGUUGCCUAUCGUCUACGAGAACUUAAACCUGGGGAGUCUGUUUUAGCUUGGCCAACCAGAAAGCGUGUGGCAUUGGGCACUGCACGUGGACUUGAAUACCUGCACGAACAUUGUAAUCCAAAAAUUAUUCACCGUGAUGUUAAAGCAGCUAAUGUUUUACUAGAUGAAGAUUUUGAGGCCGUAGUUGGUGAUUUUGGCUUGGCAAAGUUAGUUGAUGUUAGGAAAACCAACGUGACAACCCAAGUUCGGGGUACAAUGGGCCAUAUAGCUCCCGAGUACUUGUCCACUGGGAAAUCAUCAGAAAAAACUGAUGUUUUUGGAUAUGGAAUCAUGCUUUUGGAGAUUGUAACUGGUCAACGCGCAAUAGACUUCUCACGCCUAGAAGAAGAAGACGACGUCUUGUUACUUGACCAUGUUAAAAAACUACAAAGGGAGAAAAGGCUGGAUGCAAUUGUGGACCGCAACCUACAUAGGAACUAUAACAUGGAUGAAGUAGAGAUGAUGAUUCAAGUUGCAUUGCUGUGCACUCAAGGAUCGCCAGAGGACCGUCCAGCAAUGUCAGAGGUAGUACGAAUGCUGGAAGGAGAAGGGCUUGCUGAGCGGUGGGAAGAAUGGCAGCAUGUCGAAGUUACACGUAGGCAAGAAUACGAGAGACUACAACGAAGGUUUGAUUGGGGCGAAGAUUCAAUCUAUAAUCAAGAUGCAGUUGAAUUGUCUGGUGGAAGAUAACAAAAACAUGUUACUCCAAACAAGUACAUAAUUUCCUGUAAUAGUCUCCUUGAUGCAUAGAGCUGGUCGUUAAAUGGCAAGCGAUCCACGUUUUAAUAUUGCUCGCGCCAUAUCUUGAUUGUAUCUUUUUCUCUCCUAUACUUCUCUUAUUUAAUCAAUUUUUUCCUGUAUGAUUGGCUGUGCAGCGACAUAAUAUAUCCACUUUCUUUUUGUU